AUGGAUGCCGCAGAUGAUGAUAAAGAUGUUCGUCUCCAAAGGGAGUCGGGAGAGCUCUUGGAAGAUUUCGAAAAAUCACUCCACCCGUUCCUCUACAAUGUUACUAAUAAGGGUCAAUUACGAAGAAGAGUUCGCAUAAGAGAGACAGAUAGAUUGACAGCAUUGCUAGACAAUUUCCAAGAGCUUCCUCAACUUCUCGAUCCACACCUUCAGCGACUGGUACCCAUACUAGCUGAUGCCUUUAUUACCUCCAUAUCGAAACCACCUGUGAAGUCUGAGACUCAUGCUCAACUUCUUAUGCCUCUAUCAAAAGCGAUUUGUCGAUUACUCUAUACGUUUUGUAAGGUUAGAGGGGAGAAAGUUAUUGUCCAGUUCCUAAGUACUGAAGUCAGACUACUUGAUUUGUUACUUUCUGCUAUGGAAAACGGUACAUGGAUAGAUGAUGACGCAUGCGAAAAGUCAACAGAAGAAGUAUGGGGCUGGGAGGAACGAUAUAUCAAUCUGCUGUGGCUUUCACAAUUAAUCAUGGCCCCUUUCGCUCUCCAUUCCUUGUCGGCUAGUCCUCCGCCCAGUGGUGCCGAGUUAUAUCUUUCAGAUUUUAGAUUACCAUCCAACACUCCGGGCGUAGCUUUACGGUCUAUCGCGUUAGCUGUCAAAUAUCUCUCAUCCUCUGGGAAAGAAAAGGAUGCUGCAAAGAUCUUACUAGUGAGAGUUGUUCUCCUUAAGGACAUGCAAGAUCUUGGGCUCCUUAAUUCUACGGUGAUGUGGGCAAUAUCUGCUUUGAAUUCGAUUAACACGAAUCGGAAUAUACAUCACAUCAAUGGCGUUCUGUCUUUUCUUUCUGGGGUUCUCAAAUCAUCCACGGAUACCCCUUAUAUGGACUCUAGCUUAGAGCCAGUAUUUCACGCAGUGUUUAACUUUGUGGAAUCCUCAGAUCGAUCUUGCAAAGAAGUCCAAAGCUCCGCUGUUGCGCGAAAGUUUAUCGUGAACAUUUUCCGUGGUAUUGCUUUGCUCAACUUACGCCCAUCUUUCACAACCAUAGAUGAUACUUUGAGUGACUCUGUUGAUUUUAUGUUACAAUCGCUAUUGGACCCGUCAACACCGGUAAGGCUAGCCGCUAGUAAAGCAUUAAGCGUUGUUAUCUUAAAAGUCGAACCUGAACAAGCCUAUGAAUUUGUGCUUGCAAUUUUCGAAAUGUUAGAAGCGCUGCCAACCACCGAUGUUUUGAAUUGGCAUGGUCAAAUAUUGACACUAUCCCAUCUGUUAUAUCGACAUGCAGCACCUCCUCAACUGCUCAAUAAAGUGAUUGUUUCUCUACUCAAAGCUUUAUCGUUUGAGGGAAAGUCGACAUCAGGUAGCUCUAUUGGAACUAAUGUACGAGAUGCUGCAUGCUUUGGAAUAUGGGCUUUGGCUCGACGUUACUCUACGGCUGAAUUACAAGACAUUGACAUAAAAUCCGAAGGGUUUCGUCAUGGAACAAAUAUUAGCUCUACUAUACAAACUCUAGCAACACAUCUCGUUGUUUCCGCAUGUCUGGAUCCUGCUGGCAACAUUCGCCGAGGAGCUUCUGCGGCCCUUCAAGAAUUGAUAGGUCGUCACCCAAAUACCAUCAUUGAAGCACUCGAAUUAGUGCAAAUUAUUGACUACCAUGCUGUUGCUCUUCGAUCUCGGGCUAUAUUAGAGGUCGCGGUUUCAGCUGCUACACUGGCCUAUAAAACCGAUGAUGAAAUAUCAUGGCAUCACUAUGGGGAGGCAAUUCUGGAAGCACUCCGAGGCUGGCGUGGAGUUGGUGACGCCGAUCUUGUCACAAGACGAAAUUGUGCUGAAGCAUUCCGUCUUAUAAAUUUUCCAAGUGAUGCCAGCAACAAUUCUACCACAUAUAGAAGUUCUUACGAAACCCUGUGUUCAUUGGAUCAACAGCUCAAUGACCUUACUGUUCGCCAGGUUAAUGAGCGACAUGGGCUACUACUUUUUAUAGCUGCUGCAAUUCUUGAAUGUCCGAAUUUUAACGAAAUAGACGAUCUUAAUGUUUCUUUUCAAGCGUAUUCGGACCAAAUACUCAGGAUGCUUACUUCUUAUAUAUCAAAUGUCACCACCCCACAAGGUUGGCGACGUCCUGAGUUGAUCGCCGAAGCUUUAUCUUGUGUCAUUUUCCAUUCUUUCCGUGUAUUCGGGACAUCGGUAAUACUUGGAGGAAACCUGGGAUCGCCUCCCGCAGAUAGUGAUAAAUCCUCGUGGUUACGUAACUCGAAGACAAGAAAGGUCAUUAUGUUUGAAUAUGAGGAACCUUACGCAGAACAUAUGGUUAGCGCCUCUGGUCAUCAAACAAUCUCUGGAAUACUGGGCAAUGUCAUGGGCGUGCUUGACUCUCCCGAUGGUCAAACCGAUGCCAAUUCCCAUGAUUCAAACGGUAACAUCUUGGCCUUCCAAUCACUUGUUAGAAACUUCAUUGGGAACUUUAUCGAUACUGGGUCUGAAGAUUUGGUGACUUUUCUAUCAGCUUGUCAUCGUAGAUCAUUCUUUUGGGCCUCUGGUAGCUAUCGGGGUCUUGAGACCGAUCGCAUGCUAAAGCGAAUUACUCAAGUCGGAAAUACUAAGAGUACAUUGACCUUUUCUAUGCUCUUGAUCUCAUAUUCAUUGUUCAAGAACGACCUGAAGAAUGAAGUGUCCGAAAUACCUCGAGAUGAUUGGACCAAUACUAUUCCUAUUACAAUACAUGAGAGCUGGAAUUCCACCGAGAAUAUCCCCAGACGUGUUUACGAUAUCAAGACACGAUUAGCUCUACUUCCGUACUUUGCAAGAGAAAGCAAAGCACUCGGUUGUCAUAUUAUUCAUUUCUGGGAUAUUGUUUCUCAUGGUCUUGAUGACUAUCAUACGGACCCAGCUCAAGGCGAUAUUGGUUCUCGAGUCAGACUAGAAGCAAUCAAAGGAGCUGCUGCUAUUUUCCUAUCCACAGAUUUGAGAAAAAAUCUAACCAAUAUGGAAGUGUUCUCGACAAUAUUUGGAAAGCUUCUACGGCUUUGCACAGAGAAAUUGGAUAAAGUUCGAACAGAAGCUAAAAAAGCUCUUUUGGCUAUUCUUCCAACGAUUGUAUCUAGUUCCAAGGUGUUGUCGUUUGAGCAAAGUUCUAUUUCUUCUUAUGAACAUUUCCGGUUUAUACUAGACCUGCAAAGUUUAGAUCGCCUAUCCGCGAACACAGCCACGAAUGAACUCCAAUGGCUUCCUUCGUGGACGGAUAAAUUAUUGGAAGGAUUUGUAACUUCAACUCACGCAGGAACAGAAGAUCUACGCCGCGUUAGCAUCGCUGCUCUGAUCGAUUUCUGUGAAGGAUCCCUAGCGAAUAGAGAAUUUAUUGGAGCUGCACUUGUCAGAAAUCUAAAAUUCCAUCAUCGGAAGAAUGAGAAGGUGAUAGUUGGUACACUAGAGACUAUCGCUCUUUUACUAGAUAUGGGACUUAUGUAUCAGAAUGUCGCAGUUGAAUCUAGUCAAUAUCAACUUCUGUGCGCCCAAGUCGCAAAAGAAGCCCUUAGUUCUCGAAUCGACAAAUGUAAAGCAGCAAUUAAAUGUUUUGGUCGUCUAGCAUUGGUAUAUCCAGAAGCAAUGAAUGAGAAUUUGUCAGGGAUGCUUUAUCAUAAGUUCCCGGGUAUUAGAGACGCGGUGGUGGAUGAACUUUGGGAUUUGGGGGUUGAGGGAGUGAAGGGGAUGGAUGUUAAGGAAAUCAAGAAAGGUGAUGAUUUGAGUGGACUUAUUGGGGUGCAGCACAGUAUAUGA